AUGCGGAUUAUCACUGUCGCAGAGACUCCCAGAGCCUUCGAACGUGCGUAUGUCUAUGGGGAAAAGAUUCAAAUGGCCGCCUUCACGAUCCAACAAUUGAUACUCUCCGGACUCAUGGUCAAUGCUAUCAUAAUUGGCCUAGAUAUUGGGCUGCUCACUAUGGCAUACCUAAACAAACAUGUCCUUGAGCAGACGGUGAAGGGUUCCGUCUUCAGCGUAAAGCUCGAAGCCGAUUUUGCGAUCCUAAGUAGGCUCCUCUGCGUCACGACGAAUGCGAUUCAGUCAAGUGAAUUAGUGAACAAUAACGACGUCCUAGCCAAAUAG